GUCCUUUUCAGACCUGUCUGUCAACGCCACUAUUUUCCAUCCUCAUCAUCACCACACUCACUUCAUCAUCUUUCUCUUCUUUCCUUCCUCUCUUUUCUUCAACUCAAGGAAUUCAGCUAUGGCCACUAGAGAAAUCCUUCAAAAGAUGAAGGUAAAAGUUGGUUUGGGUUCAUCAGACCCUGGUUCAGGGAAAGGAAAGAGCAAGAUGUCAAAGAACAUAACUCAUGGCUUUCAUUUGGUAAAAGGAAAAUCAUAUCAUGACAUGGAGGAUUAUGUUGUUGCUGAAUUUAAGCAAGUAGAUAACAAUGAAUUGGGUUUGUUUGCAAUAUUUGACGGCCACGCGGGUCACAAUGUACCUAAUUACUUGCGGUCUCAUUUGUUUGAAAAUAUCUUAAAAGAGCCUGACUUCUGGAAAGAACCUGCAAAUGCUGUGAAGAGAGCAUACAGUGUAACUGAUUCUAAUAUUUUAGAGAUGUCUGGUGAAUUGGGUAGAGGGGGUUCAACUGCAGUUACAGCAAUACUAAUCAAUUGUCAGAAGUUAGUAGUAGCCAACAUUGGGGACUCUAGGGCUGUCUUAUGCAAGAAAGGUGUGGCCAAACAACUAUCAGUGGAUCAUGAGCCAAUCACAGAACACGAGGACAUAAAAAAUAGAGGUGGUUUUGUAUCAAACUUUCCAGGGGAUGUUCCACGGGUUGAUGGACGGCUGGCAGUGUCAAGGGCAUUUGGUGACAAAAGCUUGAAGAAACACUUGAGUUCAGAGCCGUAUGUGACACUGGAGGGGAUAGAUGAUGAUGCAGAAUUAGUUAUAUUAGCCAGUGAUGGAUUAUGGAAGGUAAUGUCAAAUCAAGAAGCAGUUAAUUGUAUCAGAAAUAUAAAGGAUGCUCGGUCUUCAGCAAAACGCCUUACUGAAGAAGCAGUUAACAGGAAAAGCAAGGAUGAUAUCUCGUGCAUUGUUGUGAAAUUUCAGUGAUCACAAGACUCACUUGGUAGACUUUGUUCCACAAAUUUGCAAGUGUAACAUAUAAUUUGGUGUAAUGUUAAUGCUAGAUAGACAUCAGGUGGUGUUAUUAUGUUGAGUCUUUCAUGCAAACUAACUGGGACAACGUGUUAUUUGAAGUAACAACGUGGGAAAGAUGUGCAUUCUGAUUAUGCAGACCAAACUACAGUUUAUUCUGUGAGUUUGCAAGGAAGUUAUGCCAAUGUCAAUGAUCCUGAAAGAUGACUUCAGAUCACUGCCUAGGCCUUUAAUAAUGUUUUAGAUUGAGUCAUUGGCUUGUAUUGCUCCCACACUCCUAUAUCUUUGGUGGAUGACUGGAAUCUAGAGAGUUUGGGGACCUCACAGUUUCUUGUUAUUUUUCAGAACGAAACUGGGUGUGAUCUUAACGAUAUAUCUUCAUAAAUAGGAAGGAGGGUGAUGGAUUUGCUGUAACAUAAGCAUAUAAAUCAUUGACACGAGCAGAGAAGGAACAUGUUUGUCA